AUGGCUACAGAGGGAAAUUUUGAUUUUGGAGAAUUUCUGGAUGAGUUUAUAGCGGAUGAUGCCAGUGGAGACGAAUUUGAAGGUUUUAGUUUAGAUGACGUGGUGGAUAAUCCCACUGAAAAUUUUGAAAACUACAUAGAUGCUGAUAACUGGACUGCUGGGGACCGUGAACCUCCCCAACUAAACUUUACAAAGGUUGCGGGCAUGAGACAAACCGUCCAAAAUGAAACAUCACCAAUGGAGUACUUCAAGUUGUUUCUCUCAGACCCUGAUUAUGAGUUCAUGGCCGAGCAGACAAAUCUUUAUGCUCAACAGUAUAUCGGUUCUUCUCACCUGAAACCAAAUAGCAGGCACCAGAAAUGGCAUGACACCACCAAGUCCGAAAUGAAGCAGUUCAUUGCUCUGGUGCUUGCUAUGGGACUUGUGAGACAGCUGGAUGUGAAGGAGUAUUGGACAUUAGAUCCCAUUACAUCUACUCCAUUCUUCCCCAGCGUCAUGCCCCGAGACAGGUUUUUGUCACUUAUGGCCUUCUUCCAUCUAAAUGAUAACCUGUAUUGUGUGCCACGUGGACAGGAGGGUUUGACUCGGUUUACCAACCUCAUCAGAAUCUAUGCAUUGACGAGGGAAUGGUCCCAUGGCGGGGAAAUCUUCAUUUCCGCGUAUCCUGACAAGCCAGACAAGUACGGCCUGAAAGCUUACAUCCUUUGCGAUGCAGUGAAUGCGUAUUGCCUGAAAAUGAAGCUUUACACGGGUAAACCUACUACACCACCCAGUGAGAAAGGUGCCACCCAUGAUUUGGUGAUGGACUUGCUCCGCAACGAUUAUGCAUGUGGACAUAUACUAUACUGCGAUAAUUACUAUGCCAGUCCCUCUUCAUGGACCUUUGGUGUCUUGGUGUAG